AUGUCGUCCCUCCGCGCGGAAGAUGCCGGCGCUGGCACGGAGGGCUCCAAGCCCGGCGCGGGUAGCGGGGAGACGCCCGCGGCCGAGCAACUGGAGGAGGCGGUGGAGCGGCUGCAGCGCGAGAACCGGCGGCUCCGGGAGCAGGCUCCGCGUGCGGCCGCGCUCUGCGGCCUCUACCACGAGGCCGUGCAGCAGCUGAGCUUCCUGCAGGGACAGUUGGCCUCCCGAGACGCCCUGGUGGCGCGCCUGCGAGCCAGCCUGGCCGCUUACGAGAGUUCCGGGCCGGGCCUGGGCCCCGGCCCCGCGCCGUCCCUCGUGGACGGACUGGUGGAGCAGGUGGGCCGCCUCAAGGAACAGCUCCGCGAGCAGGAAAGCAGUGCUCGCUCCCGGGAGGACAGGCUGGGGCAGGAGGUGCAGAAACUGAACCAGCAGCUGGAAGAGAAAGAGAGCGAGCUGCAGAGGCUGCUCAGGGAGCCCCAGCACGAGCGGGACCGAGAGAUCCUGCUGCUGCAGAGGAGUUUGGCAGAGAAAGCAAAGGCCCAGGCGACCAGCGAGGUGCUCUGCCGGUCCCUGACCGAUGAGACCCAUCAGCUCCGGAGAACUCUGGCUGCCACCGCCGAGAUGUGCCAACACCUUGUCAAGUGUCUGGAUGAGAAGCAACGAUCUGGAGGGCACGGGGAGGAGAAACCCGCCUUGGAAAGAUCGAAUAAGCUACAAUUUCCUGAAGGUGAUAUCUCGGUUCAUGCCAUUAUUUGUAAAUUACAGGAAGAAAACAGGCUCCUAAAACAAAAAGUGGUCCAUGUAGAAGAUCUGAAUGCCAAGUGGCAGAAGUACGAUGCCAGCAGGGAUGAGUAUGUGAAGGGACUCCAUCUGCAACUGAAGGAACUGAAAGUCCUCCCUGAGCAAGGUCUGCCUACCAGCCCAGAGAUUAUGCAGAAGGAGAUUUUCCGCCUAAACAAAUUGUUAGAAGAAAAAAUGGCUGAUUGCUUGAAAGUAAAACGAGAGCUGGAAGAUAUAAAGAAGGCAAAAGAUGGAGACAGUGAACGUAUACAGAUGUUGGAGCAGCAGGUGCUUGUUUACAAGGAUGAUUUUACAUCAGAAAGAGCUGAUCGGGAACGGGCCCAGAGCAAGAUACAAGAACUUAAGGAAAAAGUGGCAACCCUGCAGCACCAGAUAUCCCGGAGACAGGAAUCAAGAGAGACAACCGGCCACUGUAGAAUUCACACGAGUCACAAAAACCACACACAACACCUAGAGACAGAUGUUGCCGAAGCCUUACUCAGGGUAGAGCCACAAGGCACAAGGAGACCCAUCCUACAGCCCGAACAGCCUGAAAUAGCCACAGACAGAAGAAUCUCUGGCUCUGACCUGAGAGGUCAAGGGCAAGGGGACCUUCACUGCCCUCACUGCAUGAGGUUCUUCCGUGAUGAGGAGGGCGAGGAAUUUCUUAGACACGUAUCUGAAUGCUGCCAGUGACCCAGUCACCUGAAGACACAGGCUAAAGGCAGGGCUAGGGUGAAUCAGCCACAAAGACUCUCUGCUGGUCAUUUAGCCGGACAAUCUGGUACCCUGAAGGAGUAUGGCUCACUAGAGACAUGUGAUCAACGAUGAGACCAGUUAUCCUGCGGUGGAUCUGAUUCAGAUCUCGUUUGAGUUCUGACCUUCCAGCUCAAAACCUAUGGCCAACAGACUGGAGUUGUGAAGGGAAACCAGCUAUCAGAUCUUUCCAGAAAGGGUAGGAAGGCAGUGUACCAGGUUAUUAAGUGCCUGGUAAAAAGCUGGGUAAGAUUCUAUCCCUUCAAGGAUGAGUGCGGCAGAGGAACCCACAGAGUUAUCUUUCUGUUGAAGAAAGCAUCAAUUUCUAAUAGUCAGAAUUCUGACUGUGCCAUCUGUGUGAUUUCAGCUCAGCCAAAGAGGGUCCAAACCGUUAUCCAGUUUGGGCAGUUGAUAUGUAGAAAGUGGCUGAGGUGGGAUGGUUUGAGGCAAACUUGGCCAUCUUUGGGAGCGAUAAGCAUUACUGGUUGUUCUUCCCAGUGGCCAAGGAGCAGAGCACAUAGCGCCUGCUCCAUCAGAUAUAGAACGAGCCCCAUGCUGAUGCUACGCCAGAGCUUUCACUGCUGUAGUGUGUCAAGUACAAAGUGUAGGAGUUUGGGAAGCAUUCAGGUCGCACGAAUGAGCCACAUUUGGCUCAGGAAGUGGAGUCUGAGCAUCACUACCCUGUCUUUUGUAAAGGGCAGGGAAUAGGUUUCUGUGAGCAGCAAAGUCCUUUUCUGUUUUUGCACUGAUGUACCUUGUAUUGGCAAGUUGCAAUUUUUUUCUUGUGAAUUCUGAAAUUUAUAUGAAGAAUUAAAACAUAUUUUAUAUUUACUUAUUUUUAUAAUAAAAUAUAUUGAUGGGACUCGUAA